AGAAGCCUCGUGAUCGUGACUCAUACUUCCUAUUGAGGAAGCAAUAAAUAAUUCCGACGUAAUCACUCAAUUAUCACUGAGAAUUUUCCAAAGAGAAAGUCUCAAACAACGAGAGAGAGGAGAAAGUGAGUACCGUAGUGACGUACGGUACCGGUACCGGUACUGUACGCGAAAAAGAUAAGCGAGUUUGAAAUACACAGACACUAUUCGAGAAAUAUAUAAGAUAUCGAAGACAAUUGAAUGAAAUUAAAAGGAUAAGUACCAGUGAUAAAGAAGCUUUGAAGGAAAAAUAAAAAUGGCAAACCGAGAUUAUAUUAUAUCCUCAAAAUGCAACAAUUUGAAGAGAACAAGUGACCAAUUCAAUGCAUAUAUGGAUACUGUUGAAAAAAAGUUAUGCUGUAUGUGUGGUGCUGGAACAAAGUGGACAGGAGAUUGCAAUUCGACUGAUCCGACAUCUACUGUCUGCAAGUCAUGCCAUUUCAAUCCCGAUGAUACAAGAGACAGGUUUUACAUCGAUUAUGAACCUCAUGAUCGAACGGAAUGUUUUCGCCAGAAAGUAUCUUCUUGUGUACAACCCAAGAUACUGAUGGAAGGAUCUACGAAGGAAGAAGCUAAGUGCGUCUGUCCAGCUCAUAUGAUUGAAAAACAUCGACAAUGUAUUGAAGUCAGAAGCACAAAAAGCCCAGCUGAAAGAGAAGCAACAAUAAAGCCAAAGCUUAUCACAAGAAUAACCCAAAGUGUUACUGACAGUUCAGCUUACAAAACAUCAUCUGGAGCAAAAAAACUUCGAACAAAUGCAUCAAAAGGGAAAUUUAGUACACCUAACUCACCUAAGCACAUUAUGGAACCAACGACAACAGAUAGUAUAACCACAAACUAUGGUCUAACAACAAAUAGCUUUGUCACAAAUGAUUCAAAUCAACACAUCAAACCAUCAGUCAAUCCGGGAAUGCCAGACUUGGGAAAAGGACUGCUGGCUGCAGGUCUCAUUGGUUUUGUAAUAUCAGUUGUGAUAUUUAUGAUUUGGAGAAUGAAAAGACGCCAAGGAACUCGCAAAAACAAUGGAAAAAGUUCUCGGGAAUCAACACCCGAUAAUUCAAGAGCUGAUUUACUAGGCAGAAGAAUAGAGAGUGAACCUAGAGAAUAUGAUGAUGGUGUCAUCAGUACAGACAAUCACACUUAUGAAGGAACUCCAGAGACAAACAAUAAAGCUUUCCCCUUUAAUAGAGAAUACCCUAGAGUCAGAGAAUACUCCAUACAGCAUGAUGUAGUGGAAGCACAGGUUUUACCAAAUGGAGAUGAUUUGAAUAUUCAAGCAUUCAAUAAUUACCAUGAUGGAUUUACUUCGAGUCAAUGUAAAGAGUUUGCAUUGGAUUUAGCAAAGAAGUGGGGAAGUUCUAUUACCACCCACCAAGUGAAACCUGUCUUUCGGUCGCUGUUUAGGACAAAUCAUGACAAUAUUAUUGAUGCUAAAGAAAAAGAGUAUGCAGGUGACCUUCGUGAAUUUGUUUAUCAAUUAAUGGCGAUUGUUCACGAAAAUUUGGGUCGAGAUCUCAAUCCUCAAUAUAUUUUAAGCAAACUGAAUCGAGUUAAUCCUCGGCCUGGUAAUUUGAUUGAUAUUACUCAAGAUGCUCUCAAUGAUUGGCAGCGAGAAUAUGUGUGACUUUUGUACAAUUUUGGUGGAAAUUGCUGCUUUGUGGCAAAAAUGCAGUUAUGUUUCACAUACCAGGGGUUGCAUCGAUUCCAGAGUGAGAGUUGCAUAAAUCCAGAUGAAGAAAUGCUAUACACUUGAUCAAGCCCAAUUAAAAUUUUUGGCUUACCUCCGUGCAUAAACAUUACACUCAUUCUUUAUCUAAAUCCGAACUCUUUGCGCCUCGUUUUUCACCGAGUUCUCAAUAGAGGCGUCAUCAUUUGGAAUAGUUUUACCUAGGGUUUAUGUGUCUCCACAUAUGUCACUUUCAAAAUAAAAUAUAAAAAACUUGUGCUGUCAUCUUACCUUUCGUCUGUCAUUCCAUCCAGUUAGUGUACUAAGAGCUCCCCCUCUCCUUGUCAUUGCCAGCAAAAUGCCUAAUUUGGCCAACAGGAGUUGGCAGUACCUGGAAUAAAGACACUGCGAAUGUUUUGUGCAAAUAUUGAUGUUUUUUUUUAUUCUCAUCUAUUUUGAUAGUGCAUGCCCUGCACUGCAUACUGUAAUACAUAUUCUAUAAAACUAGUGAAUUCAUUUUGUUUGAUUCACAAAGCUAUUUAUUGUUGCAUUCAUUCAUUUUGUUGAGCGAUUACUUUGACCCAUAUUUCCUAAUCAUUGCAUCGAUUUUCUUCAUGCUAUUAUCAAUUACCAUUAGGCUUUGUCAUGGGAUGUCGCUGCUCAACACCCUUCAUGCCGAAAUACUAGUUUUAUAUCAUUUCACAUUCAGUGUUCACCAAUUGUAUUUCAUGUAUGGUGGGAAAAUGUACUACUGAUCACUAAUAACUACACUACAUGGAUGGAUGGACCAACAUGCCAAAGUUGUCAAGUCAAGAUCUCAUACAAAAACUAUACUUUAUUGAAGCAUGUUAUAUAGAUAAAUUUCGAUUGGAUUGUGAUUUUUGUACCAGUUUAUUAUUGAUACAAAAUCCUAUUUGUGCCAAACAUUGGCAAGGCAAUUCAGUACAUUUUUAAUAUAGUGUCGUGAUUUUUUUUUUUGAAAUCUUCCAUUAUUGUAUUUUUAUAAACUUUAUACAACCGGAUAAUUUCGGAUCAUUGCCAGUCGGCUGCUUGUAAUUCAUUUCGUGUUUGGAGUUUGCGUUUAAGUAGUGUUCUACUCGUUAGUGAACAACGAGAGUAAGCCCCAAUGUUUGAUCUGGAAGUAGUUGUGUCGGUACCGAAAGACUAAAAUUUAAAAUGGCAUUACAACCAAACAAAUUGGUAUGUGGGCAAUAUAACAAAUACUAUUGUGGCACCAGAUGUCGAUAACCUUGGAACACCAGGCCCCAGCAUCUGCGUACUAACAGGCUGUAAGCUUUUCUAAUAGAACAAAACUGAUUUUGACAAAAAUUUACCUCAGAGUGUCCUACCCUACCUGCAUAACCGUCACCACGAAGUCGUUCGCUAUGCCUACAGACUAGGUUAGCACGCGAAACUUUGAGGUGCGGAGUCGAGGAGAUAAAUGGAAAAGGCGUGACACUGAUUUUUAUCGUGAUCAUUUGGCGUCAUUACUCAACAAGCAUGUUGCCGUCAGCUCAACAGAGUGCACAGUAUGGUAUAGAAAUUAUCUAAUAGAAAUAAGUUUGGCGGUAUGAUAUGUCAAAAGAAAUUAUUGAAGCUGCGCUUUGUCAACGAUUUACAAUUCGACAACGGAUCUGCAGUAGUAGGCCCAUGCACUCGCAUACAGAUUGCCACCACGGUCUUUUGCACGCAUGAGCCCCUAAUACUUCUCCCAUUCUAUUGUAAUCCGAAAAGAUGUGGUAUAAAACAAAGUAACUUAGAAAUUGAUUAGAUAUCUUUUCAGACUAUCGCUCUCCUCACAACUGGUUUCAUUCAAACUUUUCUGUGAUAGUGUUUUUUUUGUUCCUGUAUUUUAACAAUACGUUGUCCCUCAAAUUCUCUUUUGCCCGAUUAUUCAAACUACAAGUAUAUAUAUACAUAUUGAUCGUUUUCCAGUUCAUAUAUAUAUUAUCGGACACGAAAUGGA